UCGUCGUACUGCCGAGUUCAAGGCCACCGCGUUUACUUCAGGGGAACCGGGCCCCCGGAAGCGCUUCAUCAUCACCGUACGGUUCUGCUGAACGGCAUGUCUGGCUGCCAGCGUGUCAUAGCGGAGGCCCUGCGCUUCCUGGUGUGGGAAGGCGGAGUGAGCGAGAUACGGAUGCUCCAGUGCCUGGCCCCCGGGGACCACUGCCCGCCCCUGAGCGUCCGCGACGCCUGGCUGCUCGUGUACAACCCGCUCAGCCAGCCGUACAGGGCGCCGCUCAGACUCGCCGUCCAUCCGGGCUACGAGUUCCACGUCGACGGCAACCCCACGCAGGUUCUCGAUACGGAGUCCGCAACAGAGGAGAUAGCGUUCGAAGCCGACUUACCGGCACUGGGGGUGAGGGCGUUGCAUCUGGUUCGGACGCCUCGGCCACCAGCCCAACCUGUCCAGCAUACCAAGGCCACUGCCGCACCUCCGGAGAACAAGCUUAUCGUGCUACGGAACAAGCGCUACCGGCUGCUGGUGGAUUCGUCCACCUGCCUGCUGAGCGGCCUGAUGCAGCGCAGCGCGUCCCAGCUGACCCUGCGGCAGUCCUUUAUGGCGUACCACGCCUACCAGGGAGACAGCGCCAGGGCGUCCGGACCUCGCGUCCUGAGCCCGGUCAACGAAGAGCCUUUCGAGCUGGGCUACAACGUCACCUGCCACGUGGUCAAGGGCGCCCAGGUGCAGGAACUCCGGCAGAGGUUUUCAUCCUGGCUGGUCCAGGUGGUCCGUCUGUACGAGGACCAGGACGUCAUCGAGUUCGCCUGGGAAGUGGGUCCCGUGCCCACGGACGACAACAAGGGGAAGGAACUAGUGAGCAGGUUCGAGAGUAGUGUCCGGAGCGGCGACCGCUUCUACUCUGACACCAACGGACGACGCAGCAUCGAGAGACGGCGCAUCAAGGGUAGUCCCGUGGCAUCCGACUUCUAUCCCGUCACGUCCUGGGCCUAUCUGACGAGCGACAGCCAAGACGUGCAGCUGACCGUGUUCCCGGACAGGUCCCAGGCCGCGUCGAGUUUGAGCAGCGGGCAGCUGGAAUUCCUGGUGCAGCGAAGACUACCGGGAGAACCCGGCACCAGCAUCAAAGGACGCCACUGGCUGCACGUCGGCACAGUCCAAGACGCUCAGGAGUCCCUGAGGAGCUUGGCGAACCGCAUGGUGUGGUCGCCGCAGUUGUCCCUCGUCGACACCGAGCAGAAGCACUUUGUCAACCUGAGCGUCAAGUCGUGGAGCGGCCUUCGUGCGCCCCUGCCUCGGCACUUGCACGUGCUCAGCCUGGAACGAGUCAGCGGGGACAAGGUACUGUUGCGCAUCGAGUACCAGGCGCCGGAGACCUCCAACUACACCCGCCCGGUCAAUCUUUUCAUUUCGCGGCUCCUGACUAAGCAGGUCCUGUACCACGUGACGGAGACGUCCCUGGGCUCGACACAAGACCGGGACUCCGUGCUACGCUUCAUCUGGCGCCGUCGAGGGGCCGUGGCCCCUGUGGCUCAGCAGCAACGCAUGCGCGUCUGGCUUAAGCGGGGCUCCCGCUCGCGCUUCGAGGACACCGUCCGCAUCCUACCCGGACACAUCCGCACCUUCGUGGCCCGCAUCGAAAGGCGCAGGGACGUGCAUGCCUGAAGACCUUCCUUGUCCACGCCUGCAUGCCUGGACAGGUUUUCUUGCCUCGCCACGUCGCGUCACGCUGGUGGUCAUUUCUACCUGUUCUUGUCCAGCAGAACAAAUUCGGUAGUGUGGACCGACAGUCUACAAAAUGUAUGAGCUCAGAGCGAAACUGCCAGAAUGGUAGAUGUGAGAUCAGGGCACGGUGUAAGGAUCAGGGUGGUAUGACAUCUAACCAUUUUGUUCUUAUCACUUUUUUCAUGGAACGCGUGAAACCGCGUUUCCCGGAACGCGCUUUUGGCGUUGAUUGUGCUACAACGGAAUUUUGUUUCCGGCAUCGUUUUUUAUUUCCCCUGCGCGCUUGAGUUGUUGGCAUCAGGUACUACAACGAUUGUCAUCCCCCUAAGUAGGACAUUGAGGCGCCCCAGUGAGAUCAAUGCAGGCCAUGUAAAGCGGCGUUGGAUUUCCUGCGUGAAAAGGCACACAAGGUGUGAGCAUUCCACUGUGAAAUUUAAAAACAUUAUAUCAUCCUUCUCUCCUUCGGGAAACUUGUACAGGCUGAUGGCCAUUUGUCCGUUUUACCGCCAGAUUGUGCCCAAGUGCACACGCCCUGGCAUCUAUCGGCGCGAGCGCGUAGCCUUGUCCAUACUACUGCUCGACGCUUAUCUCGAUAUUUGUUUUAUUUCGCCGGCACUGCAUGUGGCGAAGGAUGGCCCCAGUCUACGUCGGGACGCCCUCGUAGCCGACUAAAUCGAGGCACGUCCACGCGGGACUCAACUCUACCAAAGCUUUUCACUGUGACGAGAGAACCCGAGAUGUGACUCAUCACAA